AUGCUCAUCUUCCUCAUCUCCUACGUCGGGUACAGCGACACCUACCUCGACGUCUGGCCGCAAUGGGUACAGUCAAAGUUCUACGUUUGCGGUCUCAUGGCGUCUCUCAACAGCCGAUACUCCCUUCGACGUGCAGUGGUGGGCAGCGAGAGUCAGCGGGCGACUCAGCAGCCUACUGUUGUACAUGUUUUGACCGAGACCCACGUACAGAAGAGCGAAAGUGAUCCUUCGUCCAAAGAAGGUUGCAAACCUUUCUUGGCUAGACUCGCCACCGACAACAAGACUGCCCCCCGUAACUAUCCCCAAGCCAACCCCUUCACUUCGCCGGGUGACCCGCCCUCCUCUCGAUAUCGAUUUAGAUGCCGACAUUGA